AUAUAUAUAUAUAUAUGAUCAAAUCAAAUAAAUCUAAAUCGGCUGUCAUAUCAUACCAUAGAAAGAGUUAUUGGCUAAAGAAAAAAACAGCAGUCGCUCUCGCGUCCUUAACAGCGUCCUUAACUUUUAUUAAUAUGCAUUUCCGGAUUCUUUUCAGAAGCUUUCCUUUCCUCUCCUUUGCUUUGGAAGGACACCCAUUAUAAUUAGCUCAUUCCAACUUCACCCCCUCUAUGCUAAUCAAUAUGUUAGUACACAUAUAAACAAAUCCAUAUCGCCUUAUAUCUUUGAUUCUUCCAAUAUAAAUAUAUUAUACUUCACCCACCAAACGGAACCGAAUGUUGAAAUGGCCGGCGCUAAACUUUUUAUUUUUAAUAUUCUCGGGGUGUGGGGGUGGGGGUGGGGUUGGGGGUGGUACUUGUGCUUAUCUGCCGCGUCGUCACCACGCAGCGCCAUGUUUAACUCAUUUCGCCCAUGUGACAGCGUCCAGCUCAACAGCCGACGUACCUCCAAAGCUUCUUUUUUGUUUCUAUGGCGUGUAUAACGGCUCUUGCAGUUUAAUAGCCGCCUCCUUCCUCAAGCCACCGCUUCCCAUUCCCUCACUCCUCUGCUCCUUCUGCUGCAAGCGAUCCAAAACCCUGCGUAGCUUCUGCCAUUCGUGUUCCCUUCAAUUCAAACCAAGAUAAACAAAGUUGCUUUUAAUUUACUAUAUAUCCAUUGCUUUUAAUGAAGAAAAAAUAUCAUCCUCUUCCAUAAGCAAACACAAACUCUCCCCCUUAAAGGACUCCAUUGACCAUCCAACAACUCCACUGGAACGCUAUGGGGAUCCUUGUAAUCCUCUUUCUGAUAACUGGUGCCUUUGCAAACUCGGAAUCCAUCAGCAGAGCAGACUUCCCAGAUGGGUUCGUCUUUGGAACUGCUUCUUCGGCUUACCAGUUUGAAGGAGCUGCAAAGGAAGGCAACAAGGGAGCUAGCAUAUGGGAUACUUUCACAAGGCAACCUGGGAAAAUCUUGGAUUUCAGCAAUGCAGAUACCACAGUCGAUCAAUAUCACAGGUUUAAGAGUGAUAUAAACCUGAUGAAGGACCUGGGAAUGGAUGCUUACAGAUUCUCAAUAUCAUGGUCAAGAAUCCUACCAAAUGGGACAGGCGAACUGAAUCCAGAAGGAUUAGAUUACUACAACAAUCUUAUAGAUGCUUUACUAGAAAAAGGAAUCCAGCCCUAUGUAACUCUUUAUCAUUGGGAUCUUCCUCAGAUGCUUGAAGAUAAAUAUGAAGGGUGGUUGAGUAGACAAAUAGUAAAAGACUUUGAGCAUUAUGCUUCCCUCUGCUUCCAAGCAUUUGGAGAUAGGGUGAAACACUGGAUCACCUUUAAUGAGCCUCGUGGUUUUUCACUUCAAGGUUAUGACACAGGCGUUCAAGCACCUGGUAGGUGCUCUAUUCUUGGUCACAUUUUCUGUAAGGCAGGAAAAUCAUCCACUGAACCAUACCUGGUGGCCCACAAUAUUCUCCUGGCUCAUGCAGCUGUUUAUCAUAACUACCAGCUCCAUUUCAAGGAAAGACAAGGAGGUGUCAUUGGAAUAGCACUAGAUGCUAAAUGGUACGAACCUCUUUCUAAUAGUGAUGAAGACAAGGAUGCUGCACAAAGAGCGAUGGAUUUUGGAAUUGGAUGGUUCCUUGAUCCCCUGUUCUUUGGGGAAUAUCCCCUUUCAAUGCAGAAGCUUGUGGGUAAGAGAUUGCCUGAGAUCUCAAAUGUGAUGUCAAAAUUCCUUGCGGGGUCCUUGGAUUUUGUUGGCAUAAAUCAUUAUACUACAUUAUAUGCCCGUAAUGACAGGGCAGGGAUUCGGAAACUGAUACUUCAGGAUGCUACAUCUGAUGCUGCUGUUAUUAGUUCCUCUUCUAGAGGUGGCGUCACUAUUGGAGAAAGAGCAGCUUCUAGCUGGCUACACAUUGUCCCAUGGGGAAUUCGAAAAUUAGCAAGAUAUGUGAAAGAUAGGUAUCAAAAUCCCCCAGUGACUAUAACAGAAAAUGGUAUGGAUGAUCUAAAUAGUCCUUUUAUAUCUUUAAACAAGGCUUUACAUGAUGAGAAAAGAAUCAGAUACCACAAGGACUAUCUCUCAAACCUAUCUGCUGCUAUAAGGGAAGAUGGAUGUGAUGUGCAAGGUUACUUUGUGUGGUCUUUGCUUGACAACUGGGAAUGGAACUCAGGCUAUACUGUCCGGUUUGGCCUCUACUUUGUGGAUUACAAGAAUAACUUGACAAGAAUUCCAAAGAGUUCUGUUCAGUGGUUCAAAAGCAUUCUCAGAUCAAAAGGACAUCUGCAAUGUAAUAAUCCCAUAAUCUCAGAUUAAAAAAAAGUUACAUUUCAAAAAAUAAUAAAUAAUUCAAAUUAAAUUAAAGUUAAUGCAGUUGGAAAAGAUCAAUACAAAUUAGUGGAAAUUAUUACAUUUUUA